AUGAAGACCCAAUGCUCUAAGGAUCAUCAUGAGUGCUUCGAUAGGCAAGAACGGGCCGGCAAGAUUGUGUCUAAGAAGAGACAGGCUGGGGCUAUCCAGACGAUUCAGGAUUUAUACUAUGCUGGAACCCCACUCUUCGACAAAUCAGUCAUCGCCUGCCUUGAUCAGGAGAUCGCGAGAAGACCCGAACACCUGGGCUUACUCGGGAUGGAUAGAAGCUUGUUGGAGCCACGAAUCGGCUUUCAGUCCAUCCAAAGGAUGAUCAACGGAAUACCUCCUGAUGGCCGAAUGCGCACCUGGGGCGCCCUCAGUUCCUACCGUGUCGCCUAUCACCGCAAACACACAGAUCCAUUCUCCGUUCCAAACUUGUCGGGAACCAAAAUGUUGUGGGGCAUGUACCAACAGCUUUGGAAGGAGAGUCAAGCUUGUUCAUGCCUCAUGGCAAUGCUGGACGAGCUGUCGCUACCCCGUCCAGUAGAAAAGAUCGUAUGCUUCGGUCUCGGCGCUCUCUUGCCAGAUAUAUGUCGGAGGUGUGACGUAUGCCAACAAUACAUUACUUGCAAGCUACACGAAGCUAUCAGGUCGAGACACUGUACGCAACAUGCCGCUGCUCUCAGCAUGGCGCAAGCAUUGAGUCGGACUGGCCGCAAAAUCCCAUGCUACUCGCAGGAGCCAGAGUAUUCCUUAGAAUGCAGAAAGAUCCUAGGAGGCCUCGGUAUCACGGUUCUCGAUGGCCACAAAGGUUUCCUUGAAGUUGACGAUUCAACACUUGUCUUAUCUAUCAGCCCGACCAUUCCUGUCAAGCAGAUCAUCACCGACUUGGCGAGACCAGCAAUGAUAAUCUGGGAUGUCACAGAUGGUGAUGAAAGGAAUUCAGGGAGGUGGCAGUUGCUGACUCAUGGUGAUCGUCAAGUUUGGCGCAGGUAUGUCUGA